CUCUUCUUCCCCCUGCCGUUGACUACCAAGGUCCACCCACCGGAACCCUACACGGGUAACAGCCCGGAAUGGAGGGAAUUUGUGAGGAUAUCUACGGACCGUGAGCUACAGAACAAAAUCAGAGGUAUGAGACACGGGAAAGGCAUGGCGCAAGUUGCCAAAUGGCUGGCUAACCACCUGGCUAGAUAUGCUCGCCGGCAUUGUACUAUCAGCCGCAUCCAACAAUGCGCCGCUCGUGUCGAGGUGUGGCAAAGACUUGAAGCUGAGGAGGGUCUGGAUCGAUCUCGACUAUCCGUACAAGGCUCCGCCCGAGUUUGAACGAUCUGGCAUUCUUAUUACGGAUGACACGGUCGAAAUUGCCACGCGACCUAUCGCGGCGUCGCACGCCAAGCUGCUGGAGCGAAUAUUCUGGCCUCAGCCUAUGGCGCUGUCGUUUUGGGAAUUCGGCAAGACUUUGGUGCGACAAACAGCCAGCGACGUUGCGAGGUACUUUGGCAUGGAUGUUCCCGGGUCCUCUGGGAACUACGUGAAUGGGCCGGCACCUGGCGGCCCUGCAACCCUUCCUGCAUCUCAAAAUGCCCAAGUGCAGAAGGCGCUGGAACAGCUUCGGCAGCAGGCGACGAAGCGGCCGGAGGAGGUUAAGAACCCGGGUGCGAUGACAGCAGAAACGUCACCUUCAAAUACAGCUGGCAAAGUCACAGAGGCAGGGAAAGUGUCUGGCGAGCGCUUCACCGGCGAGAACAAGAUACGCAGCUUCACCGACAGUCCGUGGGAGGCGUUCAAGAAAAAGUACAACCAGGUAUGGAAGCCAACAAGAGAGCUCCCGCCGCGCGGUUGUGUUGCGGUCUCUGGCCUGAUUGAACUCGAGAGUUCGAAGGCCUACGUCGUUAUUGACGUCUUUGGCUGGUACAACCCGACGACAAGGAAAUACGACGCGAGGAGCCUAUGGAUGUCGCUUAGGAAGAUGCAGUACAAGAAGCAGGCUCCACUAGCCUGAGCUGAUUCGGGUUUUCCCGAUGGCUCAAGGCGUUGGGUUUGCUGACACGGCUUCGGUAGAAGCAUUCUCCUUUCCUCUCUGAUACCCACUUAACCUUUUUCGGCGUGUGCGUGUGCCAAAAGCACAACCACAUUACCACCACCAGCAUGGAAGCGGCGUUUGAUGAUUCGGGGGGGCCAAAUUUCGAUAAGAAAGGAUGUUAUUCACCAGCGGGAUUGAAAGCAGCGCUCUUGGUUUUGCACUUUUAUUUAGAUAUCAUAGACACAGCCUUCUGUGAAGG